GCCCGAGAGCAUCUGCUUUAUCAUCGUGAGAAGAACGACGCUGCGGAGCAUCUCGUGACUGGAGUGGAGUAUAAUCGUGAAAAGAAGAAAAUGGCAUGGAGAGGCCAACUUUCUCGGAAUAUUAAGGAGCUUCGGAUUCUGUUGUGCCAAUCUUCACCUGCAAGUUCAUCGGCUAGAUCAUUCGUUGAGAAAAAUUACAAGGAUCUCAAGACUUUGAACCCUAAGCUUCCGAUCCUUAUCCGUGAGUCUACUGGAAUCAAGCCUCAGUUGUGGGCUAGAUAUGAUAUGGGUGUGGAGAGGUGCAUUCAGUUAGAAGGUUUAUCUGAGCCACAAAUCUCUAAGGCCCUUGAAGACCUUGCAAAAGUUGGGGCAGCUCUUAAAGCUUGAUAUCGUUGUUGUUCAACUGUAUGGAAUGAAAUAAAUUGAUACUUGGGAAGAUCUUCGCAUCACAGUAUUUCCUAAUUUUGCUAAGUUCUCUUUAAGAGUUGGAUUCUUUACCGUUAUCAUUUAGUUUGAUUAGUUUGAUCACUACGAACAUUUAACA